CACAUGCCCACAUUAGAAUGCAUUGAUGGUCGAUGGAUAAUCUCAAGUGGUCCAAAAAGUCAUCAUCUUCAUCUUUAAUUCUGAUCCUUUCAAUUAUUGUUACAUAAAAAAUCCCAAUCCUCUUAUUUUUUUCCCCUUUCACUCACUCUGUCUCUCUCAAACUCUCACACAGUCACACCCACGCCUCACUCUCUGUCUCUCAUCUCUCUCAAGUCUCAACUCUCAAACUCCUACAACCCCUCACAUAAUACAUGAACAUCAUGUCAUCAUCCAUUCCUCCUCUUUCUUUAACUCACUCUCUGUCUCUCUCACUGGCCACCGACCCACGCCUCACUCACUCUCACCUAGCGACCAGCGUCUCAGACUCUCAAGUCUCAACCCACAUACAAUCGAUCAACACUUCAAGUGUUCAACAGAGCUAGGGCCAGACCAAAGCCAGAGUACAGGAAGCAAGUAAUUGAUGGAGUAAGCAAGCUUUACCUGAGAGGCUGAGACUGAGAGUGAGAGAAAGAAAGAGAUCUGGUGAAGGGAGCAAGCAAUUGAUCUUGAUUCUUCUUCAGUAGUGUAGGGAGCAAUUGAUGGAGCAACAUUCAUCGAUCGGAUUACUGGAUUAGGGAAAGCUGAAGGCAGCAGCACUACUUUCUACGCACAAUUCCCAGCCUCAAGGAAGCGUAAGCCCAAAUACUAAUAUUUUUGUCAGCGGCCCAGUUCCUUUAAAUUCGUGAAAAGCUACUCGAAGCAGAGCCAGAGUGAAGCCCAAACCGGCCUGGUUUGAUAUGGGCGAACGUAGUUGUUAUGUAAUUGGGCUAACUAAUAUUCUGUACUUAAUGGGCCGGGUCACCCAUGAUCCUUCCGGAUUAAAAACCCAAGCUAUAAAUAAAGGCACCACCCAAGCGGUGGGGGGACCCUAUCAUUUUUACACAUUUUUACUUAUCUUGUUUACUUUGUGUUCGCUCUCUAUUUCGAUUAGCCCGCUCAGUGGUUCCAUACCGGAACAUUGGCGCCCACCGUGGGGCCGAAGGAUACUUUCCUAGGCUUCAAUUUUCACCGCAAUGGUGACUCGAUCCGGGGCGAACGGAGAGAGGAAUCAUGUUCAACAAAAUAAUGUUCCUCCCGAUGUUCUUCAGCGGAUCAUGGACGAUCUCAAUGAACUUCGUCAACAUAAUCAACAGUUACAGAAUCAACUUACUGAUAUCAAUCAGACUCAGGGUUUACGAGAGGGCGAUCGAAGAAUGGCUGAGACGGUGGUGGACUUUCAACCUUUUACAGAGGAAAUAGCGAACACUGCCGUCCCAGACAAUUUAAAGACAUUGAAACUUGACUCUUACUAUGGCGAUUCAGAUCCAAAGGACCAUUUAGUGUAUUUCAACACGAAAAUGGUCAUUGUAGGCGCAUCAGACGCGUUGAAGUGCAAAAUGUUGCCAUCAACUUUUAAGAAAUCGGCGAUGAUUUGGUUUACAACUCUACCGUCAAGGUCAAUUGUCAAUUUCACUGAAUUAUCUACAAAGUUCUUGUCUCAGUUUUCUACCAGUCGUGCACAAAAAGUAACUCCGGCGACAUUAUUUAAUGUUCGUCAAGGACCAAAUGAGACUUUGCAGUCUUACAUGGGGCGUUUCAAUCAAUUAUCUGUUCAUUUGGAGGAUAAAAUGCCAGAAAUUUGCAUUGCAGCUUUUGAAUUGGGCUUGAAGCCGGGUGGUUUGAACAGUAAUUUGAGUAGAAAACCUGUGGAGACAAUGGUGCAUUUGCGCGAAAGGGUACAAGGAUACAUCAGGGAGGAGCAGAGUGAUCGGAUCAAGAACAACCGCCCGAAUGCAGCGGUUCCAGGGCAGAAACAGCAGUUUGAGACGAAGAAGGGAGCGGUUGCAGAUCAAUAUUCGAAGGGAUGGACCGAACGUGGCAACGCAGGGUAUAACAAUCGUAACCGUUAUGACGGACGAUUUGAGAAUCGUUCUAAUUUAAAAAAUCGUGCUCAACCGUAUGGAGUGCGUGGGGUAUCACCAGAUAAGAAUGUACCAGCCCGAUGA